AUCACACAGAAGGGAUAUGAAAAGAAGAGGUCCAAACUCCUGUCUCCUUACAGCCCGCAGACACAAGAAACUGAUUCAGCAGUACAGAAAGAACUUAGGAACCAGACACCUGCUCCAUCUGCAGCUCAAACUUCCGCUCCCUCUAAGUACCACCGAACUCGAUCUGGCGGAGCCAGGGAUGAACGAUAUCGAUCAGAUAUCCACACGGAAGCAGUUCAAGCUGCACUGGCAAAGCAUAAAGAACAGAAGAUGGCUUUGCCCAUGCCAACCAAAAGACGAUCCACAUUUGUCCAGUCUCCUGCAGAUGCCUGCACGCCUCCUGACACAUCUUCGGCCUCUGAAGAUGAGGGCUCUCUGAGACGCCAAGCUGCGCUCUCUGCUGCCUUACAACAGAGCUUACAGAAUGCUGAGUCCUGGAUCAACCGUUCAAUUCAGGGAUCGUCCACUUCUUCAUCCGCAUCUUCUACGCUGUCCCAUGGAGAGGUCAAAGGAACCAGUGGGUCUCUAGCUGAUGUAUUUGCCAAUACUCGAAUAGAGAAUUUCUGUGCUCCCCCUGAUGUCACUACAACUACCUCUUCCUCCUCCUCAUCUUCCUCAAUACGCCCAGCAAAUAUUGACCUGCCCCCCUCGGGGAUAGUUAAAGGCAUGCACAAAGGAUCCAACAGGUCCAGCCUUAUGGAUACAGCUGAUGGUGUUCCUGUCAAUAGCAGAGUAUCCACAAAAAUCCAGCAACUGCUCAACACUCUGAAACGACCCAAAAGGCCUCCCUUAAAGGAAUUUUUUGUGGAUGACUCUGAAGAAAUUGUGGAAGUGCCUCAGCCAGACCCCAACCAGCCCAAGCCUGAGGGACGGCAGAUGACCCCUGUGAAGGGAGAGCCUUUGGGAGUCAUCUGUAACUGGCCUCCUGCUCUUGAGUCUGCCCUGCAGCGCUGGGGUACCACUCAAGCAAAAUGCUCCUGCCUGACUGCCCUGGACGUGACAGGGAAACCAGUUUACACUCUUACAUAUGGAAAGUUGUGGAGCAGAAGUUUAAAGUUGGCCUACACACUGCUUAAUAAGCUGGGGACCAAAAAUGAACCUGUGUUAAAACCUGGAGACAGGGUAGCCCUGGUUUACCCCAACAAUGAUCCAGUCAUGUUUAUGGUGGCUUUUUAUGGAUGUCUCCUGGCAGAAGUGAUUCCAGUGCCUAUAGAGGUACCUCUUACCAGAAAGGAUGCUGGAGGUCAGCAGAUUGGCUUCUUGCUAGGAAGCUGUGGUAUUGCCUUAGCUCUUACCAGUGAAGUUUGUCUAAAGGGACUGCCAAAAACCCAGAAUGGAGAAAUUGUACAGUUUAAAGGUUGGCCCCGGCUCAAAUGGGUUGUAACAGAUUCCAAGUACCUUUCAAAGCCACCUAAAGACUGGCAGCCACACAUCUCACCUGCGGGUACAGAACCAGCAUACAUCGAGUAUAAAACAAGCAAAGAAGGGAGUGUAAUGGGAGUUACAGUGUCCCGGCUUGCAAUGUUGUCUCACUGCCAAGCUCUGUCACAGGCCUGCAAUUAUUCUGAAGGGGAGACAGUAGUAAACGUUUUAGACUUUAAGAAGGAUGCUGGGCUGUGGCAUGGCAUGUUUGCGGUAGCUUUAGUAAAAUGUCGAGAUUUGCACUGGGCUAUGAUGGCACAUCGGGACCAAAGGGACGUGAGCUUGAGCUCCCUCCGAAUGUUAAUUGUGACUGAUGGAGCUAAUCCCUGGUCUGUGUCAUCCUGUGAUGCCUUCCUGAGUCUGUUCCAAAGCCAUGGACUGAAACCGGAGGCCAUCUGUCCAUGUGCUACGUCUGCUGAAGCCAUGACUGUAGCAAUCCGCAGGCCUGGAGUUCCAGGGGCCCCUUUGCCAGGAAGAGCCAUUCUCUCAAUGAAUGGAUUGAGCUAUGGGGUGAUACGGGUCAAUACUGAAGAUAAAAAUUCAGCACUGACAGUCCAGGAUGUGGGGCAUGUAAUGCCUGGUGGGAUGAUGUGCAUUGUGAAGCCAGAUGGACCUCCCCAGCUCUGCAAAACAGAUGAAAUUGGAGAAAUCUGUGUUAGCUCCAGAACUGGAGGCAUGAUGUACUUUGGGCUUGCUGGUGUGACAAAAAAUACAUUUGAGGUGAUUCCGGUGAAUUCUACAGGCUCUCCUGUUGGGGACGUGCCAUUCAUCCGGUCAGGACUGCUGGGGUUUGUGGGGCCAGGUAGUUUGGUGUUCGUGGUUGGAAAAAUGGACGGAUUACUGAUGGUUAGUGGUCGAAGACAUAAUGCUGAUGACAUUGUUGCUACUGGAUUGGCUGUUGAGUCAAUAAAGACUGUUUAUAGAGGAAGAAUUGCUGUGUUUUCUGUGUCUGUAUUUUAUGAUGAGCGCAUUGUGGUGGUUGCGGAACAAAGACCUGAUGCAUCUGAGGAAGACAGCUUCCAGUGGAUGAGCCGUGUGCUGCAGGCAAUCGAUAGCAUUCAUCAAGUGGGGGUUUAUUGUCUUGCUCUGGUGCCUGCCAAUACGUUGCCAAAAACUCCACUAGGAGGGAUCCAUAUAUCUCAGACGAAACAGCUCUUUCUGGAGGGAUCUCUACAUCCUUGCAAUAUCCUCAUGUGCCCACACACAUGUGUGACAAAUUUGCCAAAACCCCGGCAGAAGCAACCAGGUGUAGGCCCUGCUUCUGUGAUGGUUGGGAAUCUGGUUGCUGGAAAGCGCAUAGCACAAGCUGCUGGAAGGGAUCUGGGGCAAAUUGAAGAGAAUGAUUUGGUGAGGAAGCACCAGUUUCUGGCAGAGAUUUUACAGUGGCGAGCCCAGGCAACUCCUGACCAUGUACUCUUCAUGCUGUUAAAUGCCAAGGGAACUACUGUGUGCACAGCCAGCUGCCUUCAGCUUCAUAAGCGAGCAGAGAGGAUUGCAUCAGUUCUUGGUGAUAAGGGACAUCUAAAUGCAGGAGAUAAUGUGGUGUUGCUCUAUCCACCUGGCAUUGAGUUAAUUGCUGCCUUCUACGGCUGCCUGUAUGCGGGGUGCAUACCAGUGACUGUCCGACCUCCUCACGCUCAGAACCUUACUGCCACGUUACCCACUGUGCGUAUGAUUGUCGAUGUCAGCAAAGCAGCCUGUAUUCUCACCACUCAGACCCUAAUGAGGCUACUGAGGUCUCGAGAGGCGGCAGCAGCUGUGGAUGUGAAAACCUGGCCGACCAUCAUUGACACAGAUGAUUUACCCAGGAAAAGGUUACCUCAGCUGUAUAAACCACCCACUCCUGAGAUGCUGGCAUAUCUUGAUUUUAGUGUUUCCACAACUGGCAUGCUUACAGGAGUGAAGAUGUCCCACUCUGCGGUUAAUGCUCUUUGCAGAGCCAUCAAGCUCCAGUGUGAGUUGUAUUCUUCUCGGCAGAUCGCCAUCUGCCUUGACCCUUACUGUGGACUUGGCUUUGCACUCUGGUGUCUCUGCAGUGUCUAUUCGGGUCACCAGUCCAUCUUAAUUCCUCCUAUGGAGUUAGAAAACAACCUUUUCCUCUGGCUCACUACCGUCAACCAGUAUAAAAUAAGGGACACUUUCUGCUCCUAUUCAGUAAUGGAGCUUUGCACUAAAGGACUUGGCAACCAAGUGGAGGUGCUAAAGACCAGAGGGAUCAACCUCUCCUGCAUCCGGACCUGCGUGGUGGUGGCAGAGGAGCGGCCCCGAAUUACCCUCCAGCAGUCCUUCUCCAAGCUCUUCAAGGACAUUGGGCUGUCCCCUCGGGCUGUCAGCACCACAUUUGGGUCAAGAGUCAAUGUGGCAAUAUGUUUACAGGGAACCUCAGGGCCUGAUCCGACUACUGUGUAUGUAGACCUGAAAUCAUUAAGACAUGACAGGGUUCGUCUUGUGGAACGGGGUGCCCCCCAGAGUUUGCUCCUCUCAGAGUCUGGAAAGAUUUUACCUGGAGUGAAAGUGGUUAUUGUGAAUCCUGAGACCAAAGGGCCUGUUGGAGACUCUCACCUUGGAGAGAUUUGGGUGAACAGUCCCCAUACAGCCAGUGGCUACUACACCAUCUAUGACAGUGAGACUCUUCAAGCCGAUCACUUCAACACUCGCCUCAGCUUUGGGGAUGCUGCUCAGACACUCUGGGCUCGGACAGGAUACCUAGGCUUCGUGCGCCGGACUGAGCUCACGGCGGCCACUGGAGAGCGUCAUGACGCAUUAUAUGUGGUGGGAGCUCUGGAUGAAACGCUGGAGCUGAGAGGACUGCGAUACCACCCAAUCGAUAUUGAGACCUCAGUGUCUCGGAUCCACAGAAGCAUUGCUGAAUGCGCUGUGUUCACGUGGACCAACUUGCUUGUGGUGGUUGUGGAACUGUGCGGCUCUGAACAGGAAGCUCUGGAUCUGGUCCCGUUAGUGACCAACGUUGUCCUGGAAGAGCAUUACCUCAUCGUUGGCGUCGUGGUUGUGGUGGACCCAGGUGUCAUCCCGAUCAACUCCAGAGGAGAGAAGCAGAGGAUGCACCUCCGUGACAGCUUCCUAGCUGACCAGCUAGACCCCAUCUAUGUGGCUUAUAACAUGUAGCCAGCCUUGUGGGGACUGCAGGGCCAUCCUGAAGAAUCACCAAGACCGAAGACCCAUGCUAGGAGCAAGCUUUUAAAUGAUGUGAAAUAAGCUGAGAUGGCUACAUUAUAUUCUUCAUCUCGUCCUGUGGGAUUCUGCAAUCACACAACACACAGGAAAGGGGAAUUCUGUGGAGGCAAAUGAAAAAAAUGUUAACAGGCCAGUAGACAUGAGCUUUGACAUAGCGUGAGCAGCACAACAUGGAAGCAAUUAUGCGCAUGUUGCAUUUUUUUCA